CCAGGCGCAGGUGGCGUUCCUGCAGGGCGAGCGCCAGGGCCAGGAGAGCCUCAAGCUGGACCUGGUGCGUCGGAUCCGAAUGUUGGAGUUCGCCCUCAAGCAGGAGAGGUCCAAGUACCACAAGCUGAAAUUCGGGACGGAGGCGGCGCCGGGGGAGAAGCGCCCGGAGGAGCCGGUGUCCAACGGCCCCGUGGAGCUGGAGGGAGCCUGGAAGGAGGGGAGGCAGCUCCUGCGCCAGUACCUGGAGGAGCUCGGCUACAGCGACACCAUCCUGGACAUGAGGUCCCGGCGGCUGCGGGCGCUGCUGGGCCGGAGCCCCCCCGGCCUUCCGGAACUUUCCUCGGAAAUUCCGGAAUUUUCGGGAAUUCCGGGAAUUCCGGGAGCCCCCCCCAGCCCCGAGAGCCCCCCCAGCCCCUCCCCCAGCCCGGGCACGGAGUCGCUGCUGCUCCGCAGGAUCGAGGAGCAGAUCCAGAGGAACGCCGGGAAGGAGCCGCAGGCCGGGCUCAGCCCCUCCCCCCCCGAGGACGACAGCGAUGAGGAAGAGGAGGCCGAGAGCCCCUCCCCCACCCCCGCCCGCAGGAGGGCAAAGGGUGUCCCCAAGGUCCCCGAGGAGGAGGAGGAUGAGGAUGAAGAUGAGGAGGACUCAGAGGACGCCCUGGGGGAGUUCGACUUCCUGGGGACACCUGGGGACACCUUGGGGACACCUGGGGACAUCAGGGAGAGCCACCGGUGCCACCUGCGGGACGGGGACAUGGGGCCACCACGGCCACUGCGGCCACCUGAGGGGUCCCUGGGUGUCCCCCCGGCCGAGGCGCUGGCCCUCGACGGCCUCGGGGACCUGGCGGAGCUGACGGUGACAAACGACAACGACGGCGGUGACGUGUCGUCGCUGUCCCCGCGGCGCAGCUGGAGCCCGCGCCUGACGCUGCGCAGCCACUACGACGCCGUGCGGGCGCUGGCCUUUGUCCCCUGUCACCCGGCGCUGGUGACGGCGUCCGAGGACGCCACGCUCAAGCUCUGGAACCUGCAGAAGCCGCUCGUGCCCAGGAAGAGCGCGGCGCUGGACGUGGAGCCGGUGUACGCCUUCCGCGGGCACAGGGGCCCCGUGCUGGCGGUGGCGGUGGCACCAGGUGACACGGGAGGUGACAUUGGUGACAUUGGUGGCACCGGGCUGUGCUGCAGUGCCGGCGUGGACGCUCGGAUUCGCUGCUGGCGCCUCCCGGGGCUGGACAGCGACCCCUACGAUGGCUACGACCCGCGGGUGCUCCGGGGCUUCCUCGAUGGUCACUCGGACGCCGUCUGGGCGCUGGCCUUCGAUGUCACCGGGCGCCACCUGGCGUCGUGCUCGGCCGAUGGCACCGUGCGCCUCUGGGACCCCCGCGGGGACAGCGGGGACAGUGCCACCACCGUGGGAACCUGCCUGAGCGUGCUGGACGGGCACAAAGAUCACGGUGUCCCCACGUCGGUGGCCUUUGUCCCCUCCCAGCCCGCCCAGCUCGUGGCCGGGUUCCGCUCCGGUGCCACCGUCCUCUACGACCUCGAGGCCACCAAGGCCACCGUGGUGUCCCCAAACGGCGGUGGCCGUGCCCAGGUGAACCAGGUGGUCACUCACCCCUCGCAGCCGCUGACCAUCACGGCCAGCGAUGACCGCGCCAUCCGAUACCUGGACAACCGCACAGGUAAGGUCGUGCACUCCAUGGUCGCUCACCUGGACGCCGUCACCUGCCUGGCCCUGGACCCCAGCGGAGCCUUCCUGCUGUCCGGCAGUCACGACUGCUCCCUGCGCCUGUGGCACCUGUCUGAGCACACCUGUGUGCAGGAGCUCCCCGCCCAUCGCCGCAAGCACCACGAGGCCGUGCUGGCCGUGGCCUUCCACCCGCGCCGCGCCCUCAGCGCCAGCGCCGGCGCCGACGCCCUGGCCAAGGUGUUCGUCUGACACACCUGGGCACACACCUGGGCACACCUGGGCACACCUGGGGACAGCACCGGAACCGAUCAGGAGGUGGCGCUGUUUGCUUUUCUGUGUGUUGGUUACACCUGUGGUGGCACCUGUCAGGUCCCCCAGGGCAGGGUCACACCUGGGCACUCACCUGGAGACAGCUGGGAACUCACCUGGUGGCACCUGGGGACACCUGAGAACAGCUGGGCACACCUGGACACACCUGGUGGCACCUGGGAACAGCUGGGCACACCUGGUGGCACCUGGAGACACAUCUGGGGAGAGCUGGACACACCUGGUGGCACCUGGACACACCUGGGCACACCUGAGAACAGCUGGGCACACCUGGACACACCUGGGGACACCUGGGCACACCUGAGAACAGCUGGGCACACCUGGACACACCUGGUGGCACCUGGGAACAGCUGGGAACUCACCUGGUGGCACCUGAGGACAGCACCAGGACAGGACAGGAGCUGGUGCCAGUGUGUCAGUGGCACCUGGUGGCACCUGGACACACCUGGUGGCACCUGGACACACCUGGGGACAGCUGGACACACCUGGGCACACCUGGUGAACCUGAGGACCUGAUCAGGAGGUGGCACCGUUUGUUUCUCUGUGUGUUGGUGGCACCUGUGGUGGCACUGUCACCUCCCCCAGAGCAGGGUGACACCUGGGCACACCUGGUGGCACCUGGACACACCUGGGGACAGUUCCAGGACAGGAUAGGAGGUGGCACCGUUUGUUUCUCUGUGUGUUGGUGGCACCUGUGGUGGCACUGUCACCUCCCCCUGCCCACGGACCAGGUGUGACACACCUGAGGUGACACCUGGGCACACCUGGUGGCACCUGGGGACCAUCACGGACCAGGAGCAGGACAGGAGGUGGCACCACGGUGACGUCGUUCAUUUCCCUGUCUGUUGGUGGCACCUGGGACCAGGUGAGGUCACACCUGGGCACGGCACAGGAAGGGGACAGGAGGUGGCACUGAGGUGACAUCGGUCAUUUCUGUGUGCUGGUGGCACCUGGACAGGUUUGGUGGCACCUGGGCACACCUGGUGGCACCUGGGCACACCUGAGGUGGCACUUGGGCACACCUGGUGGCACCUGGACAGGUCUGGUGGCACCUGGGCACACCUGAGGUGGCACCUGGGCACACCUGAGGUGGCACCUGGGCACACCUGGUGGCACCUGGACAGGUUUGGUGGCACCUGGACAGGUCUGGUGGCACCUGGGCACACCUGAGGUGGCACCUGGACAGGUUUGGUGGCACCUGGGCACACCUGGUGGCACCUGGACAGGUCUGGUGGCACCUGGGCACACCUGAGGUGGCACCUGGACAGGUUUGGUGGCACCUGGGCACACCUGAGGUGGCACCUGGGCACACCUGGUGGCACCUGGACAGGUUUGGUGGCACCUGGGCACACCUGAUGGCACCUGGGCACACCUGAGGUGGCACCUGGACACACCUGGUGGCACCUGGACACACCUGGUGGCACCUGGGCACACCUGAGGUGGCACCUGGACAGGUUUGGUGGCACCUGGGCACACCUGGUGGCACCUGAGGUGGCACCUGCCAUUGUCACCUGUCCCCAGGGACUGAAGGGCUCUGUCCCCUCCCCCCCCUUAAAUUUAGGACAAAUUUGGGGGAAUUUUCCCCCAAAUUUUUGGGAUUUUUGUCCCAAUUUUUAGGAUUUUUUCCCCCCAAUUUUUUCAUCUUUUCCCUCAUCAGAAAAAUCCCAAAUUUGGGGAAUUUUUCCCUUCAGGUAAAUCCCAAAUUUUAGGGAUAUUCCCCCAAAAUUUUUAGAAUUUUUUCCCUGUCUAAAGCCCAAAUUUUUGGGAUUUUUCCCUUCAAUUUUUUUAUAAUUUCCCCCACCAGAUAAAUCCCAAAUUUUAGGGAUUCUCCACCCACCUCCCAUUUUUGGAAUUUCCCCCCCAAUUCUGGGGAUUUUUUCCCCAAUUUUUGGAAUUUUUCCCUCCCAAAUUUUUGGGAUUUUUCCCCUCAACAUUUUGGGAAUUUUCCCUCCCCAAUUUUUGGGAUUUCUCCCCCCAUUUUUUUUAUUUUUUCCCCAAAUUUUGGGGAUUUUUUUCCCCCCAAAUUUUGGGAUUUUUCCGUCCCCAAUUUUUGGGAUUUUUCCCCCAAUUUUUGGGUUUUUCCCUCCCCAAUUUUUGGGAUUUUUUUCCCUCCAAUUUUUAGGCUUUUCCCCCCUUUUUUUUUUACUUCUUCCCCAAUUUUUGGGAUUUUCCCCCUUUGUAAAUUUUGUACAGCCAAAAAACUCCCCCAAAUCCCCUAAAAAUUCCCCAAAUUCCUUUUGAAAUUCCCCAAAAUCCCCUAAAAUUGCCCCAAACCUGCCCCCCCCGGGGCUGGCAGCGCUGCCUUAUCACCGUGUGAUAAUCGGGGAGCCCCAAAAUUCCCCAAAUUCCCCCCAAAAAUCCCCGGAAUCGCCCGAAAUUCCCCCUUUUUUUCACGGAAUUUUCUUGGAUAUUUAUUUGGUGUUUUUUGGGAUUUUGGGGGUGGGGGAGGGGCAGCAAUAAAAGA